UAGACUUUAUCGCCAUCUGUAGGUUGUAUGAAAUAUUUUUUGAAGCGGUUUCUGCUCCUCAUAGGUGUAUUUUAACUGAGUUUUCAUAGUCCGUGAUGCAAUAUUGCCUCCAGAGGGCAAGCUAGUAUGGUAGCUGAUAGUUAGCUUUAUGUUAACUAGCAAGCUAUCUGGGUAGUUAGCUAACGGUUCGCUUGACAAAUGUUGAGCAGCCAGCAGUGGUGGAAGAAGUAUUCCGAUACCAAUACAGCAAUGGAAAUAUACUCCAUUACAAGUAAAAGUCCUGCAUGAAAAAUCUUACCCAGGUAGAAGUACAUUUUAGUAAGGUUCAGUAGGAUGCCCGGUGUCUGCAUGGUGAUUGAUGAUCCUGCUGAGGAAAUGCACCAACAACUUACAGCUACAGCCAUCUUGCCAAGAACGUGGAAUGAUGGGAAAUGGUGCAGUGCUGCUGUGUGUACAUGUGGUCCUCUACAGUGUACAGCCUGCUCUAUCCACACAGACCUCCACCUACAGUCCAGAUUCCUGUCAUUCUCCAGUGAAGAGGGUGGUGACGUCUCCUCGGUUGCCAGCAGAUGAAGAUAUGACUCAGUCUGCUGGACAAACCAUAAACCAACUGGGAGCUCAAAGUCAUCACACUGGCAUUCAGGACCAGAGGCAGUCCAGGAUGACAACAGUCGGCUGGGAGCUUCAGCAGCCAGCAGGAAACUCUUUGCAGCUAGAAUUUCAGGACAGCAACCUGUCUCCAGCGCUCUCCCUCUUGCCUAUAAACUCUGGAGUGGGACACAAUUUAACUGAAUAUUCUUUACUCCAACAAAGUGACAUGGAAUUUGCUCCUUUAAGGGCAUACCCUGAUAUUUCCAUGGCAUCGGAGAGGUUUCACUUUCCACCCCAGGACUGCACCACUCAGGCCUCUGAUCGUGGCUCAUUAUCCCAACAUCCUUUGGCCCAAGCAACCAUCCUGUCUGAAGAAGGAGCCAGUAGCAUCUGUUCUCUCUCCCGGCUCAGUUUGUCACCACAGGAUGAAGGCAGACGAGAAGAAAUGGUUCACUCCCCACGGAUUAACACUGUUAAUGACAGGCAGGGGAUAUCAUUAAGAGAUUAUGCAGGUAGCAAAGAGAAGAACUCAGUGACACUAACUGACCCUCCAGACAAGCCAGUGGGAGAGGCUCCUGAAGACGAAACAUUCUUUCUGAGAAAGGAUGUCCCUGCCCAGCAACUUCUGGACCUCCUUCAGAGAGACGUUGGCAUGCCAAGCAACAGUAGUAGCGCUGUAUCCUCCACCUCUGAGACCUCUGUGAGGAGCGCUGCCUCUUUUGGCAGGGAGUCUAAAAGCACCAAAGAUAGCAAAACAAGCAUUGACCACAGCACUGUUAGAAGAGAAGGUCCUCCAGGUGAAGCUUCUCUUCCUCAGCAGCAAACACAAAAACUUGACCAAUCACGAACACGGCCAUCUGAGGUCUGUAACAUCACCAUGGGUUCCCGCAGCACUCAACCUGAUGACAGUAGUGAAGUGUUACACAGAGAGCUGCUGUCUCAGACAGAGAGGGGAAACAGCCGUGAAGCUCAGUCUAAAAGUCAACAACUGAAAAGUGCUACACCGCCUGGUGAACCUCUCACACCGUAUCCCACGGAGACAUCUGAGGGCAAGCCAAGUGUGACUAGAACAAAUCUGGGCAGCGUGCCGUGGACAGGAGCUUUUUCCACAGGUGUGGAACGGGGUUAUAGAGCGCAAGACCUGUGGUCCUCAGGUAACCAAACAGGGAUUGAUGGGUCCUACCUGGGUUUCCUUCCACAGUCCCAGUCCACUCCAGGGGUUUUUAAAGUACCUCCCAAAUCCAGUGUCAAGGCUACAUUAGGGCAUCUUUCUGCCAUAGAAUCCAACAAAGAGAGCUCGUAUCAAUCAAGCACAGGGGUCUCUUCACAGCCAGCUGUUCCUGUGGCUGAUACCCCCUGCCCCAACACAGCAGAUCAAUGUCAAGAUGAAACCACCUCUGCAAAAGUCCAUUCUCUCCCAAGUCUCAACUAUAUGCAGAAAGUAGAUGCUUGGAGGGAAAAUCAGAGUUCAGGCAAGACGUCACUGUUUGAUAGCUUGGCUCUGCAAGGAUUUUCUGGCGUCUCUCCUAAAAAGAAAGCCUACGAUGCAGUAUCUGACACCCUCAAUCACAUCCUGAGUCAGCAGGCAAGGAGUUUACAUCAGCCUCCUGUUUCAAGUGCUGCCAACCAAAGUUUCGCUCAUAGCUCUUCCACAGCUCAGUCUGGUUCUUCUUCUCCAAGAAGAGGGGAGGCAGUUGGCAGUGCACCCAGUGACAGGGAUAACACUGGGUCUGCAGCACGACCCUCUGCUUCCCCCUUCGGCAGGUCACAGUCCCACUCCUCUGUCAACACAGUUGUCAUGUCAGUCAAGAAAGAUCAACAAACGGAGAGGACUGCAGGAAAAAAGAGUCAGACUCAGGACAAUGUCCAUCAGCAACCGAGCGCCACAGGUCAACCAUCGCCUCUCGCAAACCUCGGCCAGUUCAGUGAUGUUUCAUUUGAUGCAGAUGUGAUGCUCUCAAGUUCGCAAGAUAGCUACAACAGUGGAAUUAAAUUAGGAACUUCCAUUGGAGCUUCCUCCGUUGUCAGCCUAGAGGUUGAUAAUUAUGUCCCUUACUGGACCUCAAAACUAUCAACAACACCACCUCUGCCCAAGCCUCGAGAGCUGAACAUUGAAGAACGAAUUCCGUUAUAUCUCCAUAAUCUUGGUAUUGACCAGUCGCCCUCAACAAUCUUGACGCCAUUUAUGCCCAGAGGGCCCAUCAGAGAGCCAGAGUUCUCUCCCACUGAUCUCUGUACAAUUAAAGGAUCAAUUGGAACCCCAACCAAGAGCACUCAACCUUCUGAAGUUGGCAGUCCCCUUAAAGGAGAGUUUUCCAGGUGCAGCAUUCUGUCAGUGGACUCCAGUAUAUCUUUACCGUUUAGCCUGGACAGUCUUGGUCCAGCUGUAUCGGUUCCAGAGAAGACCAGGCCUUCUUCAUCAUCUGAUACAGCAACUAACCAGAGCGACCGCAGACUGGCGCCCUGCUCUCAGUCUGAUGAAGACUCCGUCUCCUCCUCACUGCAGACCAGCCAGCAACAGCAGAGGGACAGCAGUUUAACCAGCAGCCAGAACACCAUCCAGCUGGGAGACAGGUUUGACUCUGACCUCUCGUUAGCUACCAAGGCGAGGUGCGUGGAUAGAGACUUGGAGUCACCCUUGCAAGCGAGCCGUGACAUAGAGCAGAGCGCGGAAGAUUCUUUCGUUGGCACCAAAACCUUGCGGGAGAUCCGUAAACUUCUCUCUCAGGCAGAAAACGUGGUAUCUGCUGGGUCUUCAGUUGCCUCCUCAGCCCCUGCAGUGCCCCGUCUGCUUUCUGAUGAUGACAUAUUCCUCUCACUGAGGAAGCAAACUGGCAGACUCCAGAACUCCUUGUUCACCUCCUCUACUGCUGGAGAGCUCAGAACUCAGUCCCCCCUGCUAUGGGCCAGAUCCUCAUCUGACUCCAUGCUAACCUCAGAGAAACCAAGAGAAAACUCUAUUGGUCGAGAGAGUAUGACCUCACUGGGGCAACCUGGUUAUCCACCCACAAAGGCUGUUGUUACUGCAUCUGGUGCAGGAACAUACGUAAUGCCACAAAACAGCAGCGGUGGAGGUGCAGGAUCAUUCCUUGUCCUCUCCAAAUCAGCCCGGCGGGCAGAGCCUGAGGGCUGCAGUGCUGCUCCUCCUGACAACGCAGUCCCACCGCAGCCGCCAGUCAUGAAACCCUCACCAGCUGUGAGCACACAGCCGUCCUCCUCUACUCCUGUAGACACAGCCAGCACACCAGAGGAGGAAAAACAGGCCACACAGGGUGAUCCUGUAGUGAGUAUCUCUUCCUCACCCAUCCUCGAGGACACUGACCAGGGAGUGAUAAGCGAUGGGAGCAGUGAGAGCUCGCUGGCAGUCAGAGUGGCCAAGUUACUGCAGAAUGAAUCUCCAGCUACCAUGGUUUCCAGUACACCCAGUGUCACUGACCAAGAGGAGAGCAGAGCCAGAGAAUGGAUCAAGCUGAAGAUAUCAGGACAGCAGUGUGAGCCUCUGGAGUUGGACAAAGAAGACAGAAAGCGGAUUGAAGAGAUCAAGAGAGAGCUGCUGUUAAAAAAUCCCUUAAAGAGCGAGGGGAGCACAGAUACAGAGAGCAGUGCGGCGUCCAGUGUUAGAGGCCUGAAGGGGCAGGAGCUGCCCCGAGCUGCAGAGACAUUUGCCACCCUCAGUGAUGCUAAAAACCAGGCGUCCCAGCAGCUGCAGUGCCUCAGCACGAUCCCCCCUGACUCCAGUGUGCAGCUUCAAGAACCUCUUCCCAAUGAUCUGGAGGCUCGUGUACGUGAGAUUGCUGCCAGAGAAGGGGUAACUCUGCCAAGGACAAAUGCUCAGGCCCUCACAUCCAUCACUAUUGCCACCCGAAGGCGUUCCACCUCCCCGUCUUCCUCCGCGUCCCCCGUACCUCCCCUCAGUCCAGCCCCAGAGCCUCUCCAUCUGAACGAGCUCUCUACAGAAACAGUCGAACACCCUGCCGACAGGAAGUUUCCCCCUACUCUGGAUGAAGCAGAUAAGUCAACCAGGGUGCCAGCUUCAGUGUUUGAACCAAGCGGUAGUCUCUACACCAGAAAACAAAACCUGAUCCCUCAGUCAGCACCAGGGAAUCAGAGGAGACAGGACGCUGUGGGAGGCCAGUAUGAAGAACCUCCCCCGUCCUCACAGGGUUUAGAUAGAGAGGAUGUGAACGUCAGAGAAGACAACACACCAUCUUUCAAGCAGGAUGAUGAGUUAUCGAUCCAGGACAGCUCUGUUUCUGGUGUCGGAGCUGAACAAGCCACAGUCUCGCCCACCGUUGAAUCCCAAGCAAGGACGGGUCACAUCUCUCAUGUUCAUCUCACUCUUUCACCCAAAACUACUGAUCACAGCGUGGCCACUGCUGUUUCCUCCAGUCAUGCUAAUAAUGCUGGUCCUGGGCUACCAAGAAAAGAGUUUGUCCCUCUCAGACACUCCUCCUCAGCUACCACCAGUCCAGACGAAGGUGUCGGUCUGUGCAGUCCACCAGAGUGGUACGAGAUCAGAGAGCCAACGGGAACGCGGCGGCCUGAAAGAGCCGACACCUCCACCCUGUUCAAACCUGUUGAGUCUCAUAGAAGAAUGACCUCCACAUCCACACAAUCCUUUAUGGCACGACACAGAGAUGAAGCAUCACCAGUAUCCUUAACCACUGAAACACCAGCAGUACCCGUCCUGUUGCCGUAUAAACCUCGUGGCAGUGAGGAGCUCUUCUACGUCCCUCAGACAGAAGCUGAUGUCUCCUGUACUGACCCCUCUGACACCACCAUGGAGAGCUCCCACACAGGCUCAGACGACGCUCUGCCUCCACACUUCAGCAGUGAGGUCCUCGGACACCAGGACCCGGGUUUGGACCGCGGAGUCACCAUCAGGCACACAGAGGGAAUCUACAGCAAGAGGCUGAAAACAGCCACGUUCAAAAUGCAAGAACCCAGACACAGAGAUGGAAGUUCACAAACAAGUAUGACUGGAGCUCCAGAGCCGUCUUCUCACGUAUCCGUUGCCUCCACCAGAGUGCCUUUAUCAAGCAACCAAGUAACCUCCAGCACCAAGAGAGACCAGGGAACCAGUCCGGUCCAGUUCCAGUUCCAUUAUAAUCAUCCAGAGACAAGUGGUGAGGCAUUUCAGGCAGCUCAUGUGGAGCUGGACCAUAGCAAGAUGAGCCGUCACCGGGGCCAAAGGUCUGUCCCUCAAACAGAAGCGGCGCGAGAUCAGGAAAGGAGAGACCCUGACCUCCGUCAGCAGAGCAGCAGCACUCUGGACCAGCUGUGGCACAGUUUCUGUGAGUGGAGGAGCGUGGAGGAGUCUCGUCCGACCAGUGACAGAGAGGCAUCGCUGCUGGAGCGGCUAGAGCGUCUGUCUCGUCUUAUUCACAGCACCAGGGUUACUAACAUGUCUGGGCUACAGAUGGAGGCGUAUCGUCAUCCAGAACAGACGCAAGGAUGGAGAGGAGAGGAGGCUACGCUGACGAGGAAGGAAAAGAGGCAGGAGGUUAAGAGGGGCCUACAUGGUGAGGCCAGAGAAAUGGAGGGAAAAGCCAGUAGAAAUGUUCCUCAUCAGGUCUGGACACACAGGCGGCAGGAAGAGGAAACUUCUCAACCUGCAGAGGAAGACAGCAGUGCCUCCUUCACCUCCAGCUACUCUCAGAGUCAGCACCUCUGCCCCGCAGACAGAGACGAGUCUGAGACCUUGUCCACCAUGUCUGGCUCCAUGUCCACUGUGGACACGGCCCGGCUGAUUCGAGCCUUCGGGGCCCACAGAGUCCAGCACCUGAAGAUGAGCUCCGGCCUCAGUAAACUGUACAGCACCAUCAACAAGCAGAAAGAAGGGAGGGAGCAGAGGAGAGGGAGACACAAAAAUCCACCUCACGUCAUCACACUGACCAACGGCACUGAUGAGUCUACAGUUGCUGCAGAUUCCUCGUCGUCAACCAGCACUUACACCUUCCCAUCACACCACGGCCCCUCCAGGUCUCUGCCAGCCAAGAAAACCAUUAAACUGGUCAGCAAAGGCAUCCAGGCAGGUGAUCUGGAGAUUAUUAGCAACGGGACUCGACGUCACACCAGAGAUGUUGGAACCACGUUCCCUUCGCCUGGUGAAGCCAGAACUCUCAGGCAGAUCUCAUCUUCCUCAUCCAGUGCAGAGAGAGGAAGACGAGGGCAGAGGAGCACCUCCAAGACUCCGGGGUCACAAAAGCAGACAAAGACUAAGAGAAGCCCAUCAAAACUUUAUCCUGAAGGUGUUUCAUGGUUCAUCUCUGCUGAUGAUGUGAGAGCAGAUGCGAGGAAGGAGAACCGGCCAGAGGAAGAGGAGUCGGCUUGGAGGCCGAGUACGGCCUGGUUUGAGCCACACAACAGAAUCUAUCCAUGGAGAGAACCGCUCAGACAGAGACAAGUCGACGAGGACAGAAACAAACCGCCUGCUUUUACACAUCAGACUGAAUCUGAUCCAGAUCCUGCAUCCAAGAUAACGUCCUCCGGUCUGACAGGCAUCACUCUGCAGGAGGCUCUGAAGAUGCGUCGUCCAGAGUUCAUCUCUCGGUCUAAGCAGAGGGUGAAGUGCUUGACGCUGCAGGUGGAGGAGAGGAAGCUACAGACCGUCUUCAGCAGAGAGAGAGACGAGCUCUUUAACUGGCCCGGCGCCCAGGAGAGGCUCCCGAAGCCUGCAGGCACCGCUCUGAUCAGGAGGGCCGUUCCCAGGAAGGAGAUGAUCCAGAGGUCCAAACAGAUCUAUGAGAAUCUGCCGGAGGUGCAAAGGAGGAAAGAAGAGGAAAGAAGAAAAGCAGAGUAUCAAACUUACCGUCUGAACGCACAACUCUACAACAAGAGAAUCACAAACCGUGUCCUGGGCAGGAGAACAGCGUGGCACUGAUCAAACUUUUUACUGUACAGAAAAUCAAUGAUUUUUACAAUUACAAAAAACUACCUACUUUAACAAAAAAAUAGCUUUUAUUUAUAUGUGACAAUUUUUUUUAGUUAUUUUAAAGAUUAUGUAGAAAAGUAGAAUUCUACUCAUUAAAUAAUAAAAGUAGCAUCACUGGUAUUUUUGACUUUUUCUACUUACAGACCAGUCGGAUGUUUUAAUGUUACACAAAGUGUGUUUUCAUGUAAAAAUAAACAGUUUCUGCAUAUUUA